AUGAAUGAAAGUAUUCGAAUAGAAGAAUUGAGAAAAAUUGCUAGAGAAUUAAAACCAAAAAUUGAAUUAAUUUAUUCAGGUACAGCAGAAAAUACUGAAGAAACCGUCAUAUUAAAACAAGUUAUAAGUUUUUUACAAAAAUUACCAAGUGGUUUACAUUUAUUCUGUGAUGAUGAUUUUGCAGAAAUUUCAAUUUUUUCAUUAGUUAUAUUCUCUUUUAGAGUCUCUGAAACUGUAAAAUAUGUUACUGACAUUUUAGACCCAAUCUUAUGUAAAUGUCAAAAUUGUGUCUUAAAAUUUGCCAAAGGUAAAGAUAAAAUUUUACAACAUUUUGCAGUUCAUAGAUUAGUGGCAUAUAAUCAUGUACAAGAAUUUGGUGAUAUGGUCGAUAGAUGGAGAAUUAAUACAAUCUUACCAGUUUUCCAAAAAAUUUCAGCUAACAAUGAUGAAAUCGUAAUAUCAAAUGAAAUAGAAAUUGCAUUUUAUGAAUGUUUAUGUAACCCAAGAAUGCUAAGAUUGGAUCCAAAUCUAAAGGGUGCUUUCGACGCCAUUUUUACUUACCUUUUAUCAAUCAAGUUCGAAUUAUUAGAGACAAAAAUUGAAAAAUCCAUAUUAUUAAACCCUGAAAAUUUCAUCACAGGUAUUAUAUAUUGUUGGUACGAAGGUAUGCCAGAUCAAAGAAAAUGGUCAAAAGAUAUUUUAAUUCAUUUCCAUAAAGAGAAACUAAAAAUUUGCACUAAAAAUUUAACUCCAGAUUUCAUCGAGGAAGUUUAUUAUUAUAUUAUAACUUUACAAAAUCCUAGCAAUUGGAACUCACAAAUGAUUACUAAUUUUUGGUUAAGAUUAACACCAAUAUUUGCAUUAUUAGAUAAAGAAGUCAUAGAGAAUUAUUUUUCAUUACCAAGAAAUUUAGAUUCUUUAAAACAAUCAUUCAAUUUCCCAGUAGAAUCUAUUUUCAAACUGUGGUACAACCAUUUAGCAUCAAAUUAUAAAGAUAAACCAUUGGACAUUUUAUUAAGAGCAUUAAACAUUUUUUUGGAAGUUUUCAAAAACGAAUUUUGGAUAAAAAUCGAACCUUAUACUUUUCAUAGUGUUUUGGAUACAAUAUUUACGAAGGACAAUUAUGUUAACUCAUUAAAAAAGGUAGAAAAUAACCCCGAUGAAGAAUCUGAGGAAAUUUUUAUAGAGCAUGGUACACUUUCUGAUAUGGUAACAUGGACUAUUCCGUUUUAUCAUUCAGUCUCUGAUUCUAAAAAAAUCCAAAUGAUCAAAAAAGUUUCAAUGAUUUUUUUAAGGCAUAUUGCCAAUCGUACAUCGUCUAAUGGGUUAACCAAUGCAUGUUUCUUAAAUUCCUCUACUGCAUUAUUAAGAUAUGCAUUGGUGGUUAAAGAAGAAGAAAGAUCUAUGUUAUAUGAAAAAGACGAUUUUGAGACAAUUUUAUAUACAAAAAUCGAUUUUAGAAUUUUUAUUAAUAAUCCUUUGAUCCAAGAUGUCUUUAUAAGAACAGUUACAAACCCGAAUGAAUUAUACAGAAAUUUAGACAGCUAUGUUUCUACUUUAUCGAUUUCUGCGAUGCAGGUAUUAACAAAAUGUAUUGCAUUAGAUAUAUUGUUAUUAUGUCAUUACACCUAUAAGUUAUACCUAGGCAAGUCAGUAACUGAUACAUCAUCACCUUUAAUGUUAUUGGAGAAUUUUACCUUAAAAUUGGACUUCAGAUCUCUCCAAAACGGACCUUUAUUAGCCAAACAACUAUUAGUUUCAUUAAGGGAUAUAAACGGCCUAUUAGUGGUUCCAAUUAAGACUCCGAUGGUCGCGGCUCACAAUGCAAAGAUAAAUCAAUUUUUAAAGUUAUCAGCAAAACUUGUAGAAAAAUUUACAGAUAUUUUGCCUGCACAAAUGUCAGAGGUAUUAAGUGACCAAGAAGCCGCAUUAGGUUAUUGGUCUUGUGUUUUUACUUCCAACAAUGAGCUUUACCAAGCAGCCACCAAUAUUUUAUAUGAUACAUUUGACGUAGAAGGUAGAUUAGAAGGUAUUCAGGAGAUCUUAAAAACGAAUAUAACAAAUCAUAUCAGGGCUAUUAAUAUGGUCUUGAAAAAUUUGAUCAAAUGUGAAUUUUAUGAGCCUUGUCCCAGAGCUAUAAGAGUUUUAAUGGAUAUAAUUUCUGCUUGUACAGAUCCAUUAUCAGGCGUUUUUUCUAAUUUCAAUAAACUGAAACAGGACGACACUGUUAAAGAGUUUACUUCGUUUUGGGAAUUGACAUGGAAAUUUUUGGAUAUGAUUUAUUUAUGUACAUUAAAGUGGGCAUCAAAGUAUGAUUAUUCAGAACUUGAAAAUUUUACAAAAGAUACACUAGAUUUGAGUCGUUCAUUAAUUGAUUCUUACAGAGAAUUUUCAGAUAUAAUAAAUACAAAUUCAGAAGCCGAAAAAGAUCAAACGUCAAAUAAUAAUGAUAUCAUUGCAAUCAGUAAAUCUGGAGAAACCUCUAUGUUUGAUAGUGUGUUAAAGGCUAUACGUAAUAUGUUAUAUUGGUUAAGAUUAAGUGAUGAGGCAUUAUUAGAAUCUUGUGUAAGGCUCAUCGUUACAACUUCCGACUUAGCUCAUCAAGAAAACAUUAAAUUCAAUGACACGCUAGUUGAAAUGAUGGUAAGGUAUGCAUUGAAAGCCAGAAAGUUUUCGAAUAAACUAACUGAUCAACAAUCAAAUGAGAUUCUAAGUAAAGCACAGAUGUUUAAUCAAUCAUUAGUUGAAAAGGUUAAGGAAUCAGUAGAGGAAUACUUGAAAGAAAAGCAAAUGUUAAAAGAGAAAGCAUCUCAACAAAUAUCUCUUACAAACAAUGAUAAAGCUACUCCCUCUAAAGCACUUGAAUCGAGGGCUGAAUAUCUUCAAAGAAAGGCCAUGUCUUCUUCGAUUAUGGGUAGGCCUAAAGCAACUCAAUCAAAAAUCACAUCAUUUGGUACAUUCCAACAAGGAGUAUCACCAACAUUACAGGGUAUGAAGUCCACCCCUCCACCCUUAUCAAAAAUGGAGUUGGCCAGAAGACAAUUAAUGAGCAACAGAGUUGUUCACCCUCCUAGUAGCGCUAUGUUCCAUACUAAAUCAUCAAACCGUACAAUGAAGAAUGAAAAUUCAAGUAGUGAUGAGAGCGAAGGUGAUAUCGAAUCAGCUAGGGAAUUGUUUGCUGUCGCGAAGGCCAAAGACAAAGGUAUUCAAGUUGUAGAUAUCAACGGCAAAUCAGUUCACAGAAUAUCUGCUGUGGACCGAGCAAAACUUGAAGAAGAAUACAUGAGAAAGAGACUUAAUGUAGAUUUAAAUCCAUUUUAUGAAACGAUUUUACAAUGGGAUUAUACAAGAACCGACGAAUACCCCACAGAUUAUACAAAUGGAACCUACACUGAUGUAAAAGAUUCCUAUAGGUCUGUAACAGAAUAUCAAAAUGUAAUGAGGCCUUUAUUAUUGUUGGAAUGUUGGCAAGGUUUGCGUGCUGCUCGUGACAGAGAAGAGCACAAAUCUUUUUCAAUUAUUGUUGGUAAUAGAACUGCUGUUUCAGAUUUUUAUGAAGUAUAUGCUUCCGUUAGGAAAUCUAAAUUAGCAGAAAGUGAUAUCUCAGAAUCUGACUUAAUUGUUUUGGCUUUAUUACCAGAUGUACUACCAGGGCAAAAUAUUACCAGUGAAACAUUUAAAAGAUGCUCUCAAACUUGCCUGGCUAAAGUAAAGUCUUUAAAAAAUACAAAGGGUGAAAAUGUUGACAUCACUUUACGUAUUCACAGAAGUCAUAAAUUUUCAAAAUUUCUUACAUUGCGAUCAGAAAUUCAUGCUAUGAAGGUCAUGCAAAUGACAACAGUAGAGAGAGAAUAUACGUCACUUGAAGGUUUAGAAUUUUAUGAUUUAGUUCCUGAGAUAUUGAAAGCGGAAGCAUCUGAAAACCAAGCUAAUCUAAGUGAUGAAAUUGAAAUGGUUAAGGAAAAUUACAAGUUGAACACUUCUCAAGCAGCGGCAAUUGUUAAUACAGUUGUGCAGGAAGGGUUCUCAUUAAUUCAGGGCCCACCUGGUACGGGUAAGACAAAAACAAUUUUAGGUAUUAUUGGUUACUUUUUAUCAAAAGUUAGUUCCUUACCUUCUAAUGUGAUCAAGAAGCCAGGAGAAGCUUAUAGCGUAUCUCCAUCUACAGAGAGUUUACUGAAGAAACAAAAAGUUUUAAUUUGUGCUCCCAGUAAUGCAGCUGUGGAUGAGAUUGUUUUAAGAUUAAAAGGCGGCGUCAUUGACACAGAAGGGAACUUAUUUAAACCCAAACUGGUUCGUAUAGGUAGAUCAGAUGCAGUUAAUUCUGCAAUCAAAGAUGUGACCUUAGAAGAACUUGUUGAUAAGAGGGUUGCAGAAAAAAAUUAUAAUAUAUCCAGUAACCCAGACUUGGAGCGUAAAUUUAAUUCUUGUGUAAUGAAAAGAAGAGAAUUGAGAGCAAAAUUGGAUUCUGAAAAUGGUUCAGUUACAAGUACAAUGUCGACAGAAGAUAUAUCAAAAUUGCAAUUGGAAAUCCGUGAAUUGAGUAAAGAAAUCAACGAAUUGGGAAAGGAAAGAGAUGAAAUUAGAGAACAAAAUUCCAUUACGUAUAGAAAUAGAGAUUUGGAUAGAAGAAAUGCUCAGGCUAGAAUAUUAGCAUCCAGUAGUAUCAUUUGUUCUACUUUAUCAGGGUCUGCACAUGAUGUUCUUGCCUCAUUAGGUGUAAAAUUUGAUACUGUCAUUAUUGAUGAAGCAUGUCAGUGUACAGAAUUAUCUGCAAUCAUUCCUCUAAGAUAUGGUGGUAAACGUUGUAUUAUGGUGGGUGAUCCUAAUCAAUUGCCCCCAACUGUCCUAUCAGGAGCAGCGAGUAAAUUAAAUUACAAUCAAUCUUUGUUUGUUAGAAUAGAAAAGAACAGUACACCAUAUUUACUAGAUGUUCAAUAUCGUAUGAAUCCGGCGAUUAGUGUCUUUCCAUCAUUAGAAUUCUAUUGUGGUCGUCUAAAAGAUGGACCAAAUAUGGAAGCAAUUACGAAAAGACCUUGGCAUGAUGUUGCACCAUUGUCGACUUAUAGAUUUUUUGAUAUUGUAAGCGGUAGGCAAGAACAAAAUAUCAAAACAAUGUCUUAUGUAAACAUGGAAGAAAUAAGAGUAGCGAUUGAGUUGAUCGACUAUUUAUUAAAAAAAUUUGAAAAUAAAUAUGAUUUCAGUGGGAAAAUUGGUAUUAUCUCACCAUACAAAGAACAAGUAAUAAAGAUGAGGAGAGAAUUUAGAAACUUCUUUGGUUCACCUAUUUCUAAAUAUGUUGAUUUUAAUACUAUAGAUGGUUUCCAAGGUCAAGAAAAAGAAAUUAUUAUUAUUUCCUGUGUCCGUGCCAGUGAUUCUGGUACUAGUGUGGGAUUCUUAAAAGAUUUUAGACGUAUGAAUGUUGCUUUAACUAGAGCAAAGUCAAGUAUGUGGAUUUUAGGUCAUCAUAAAUCAUUGCAAAAUAAUAAACUAUGGAACCAUUUAAUUUCAGAUGCAAAAGAGAGGAAUAUGUUAGAAAUUGCAUGCUCGGGCUUCCUUGAUCCAAGCAAUUCAAGAGCGAUGAAAAUUAUUGAAAAAUACAAAAAUUCUCAUGAAUACUUAAAAUCUACAGAUGAUUACAAUCCUCAAACUGAGCAACCAACAAAGCUUUCAAAGAAUAAAAGAAAGUACGACGAAUAUAAAUCUGUAAAGAGUCAUAAAAAAAGCACAUCGGAAAAACAUCAAGAAAGUGAAGAUAAUUCAAGAAAAUCUACCUCUUCUGGCAGCAGUUCCACAGGUACUAAAAAGAAGUCAUCAAUAUUUGGAGCUCCAAAUCUGUCUGAAAAUGGAAAGCCUGAUGAUGUAUCAUCCUCAAAGAAAUCCAAAUUAGCAAGUUCGACCAAGAAGAAGUCCUCUAUCUUUGGUGGGCCUUCUUUGGCCAAGGAAAUCUCGAAAACCAUGCCAUAUAUUAAGGAUACCUCAAACAACACUGAAGUUAAAAAUUCAUUGAAGAAUAAGGAUAGACAUGUUCGAAUUUCUGAAAAAAUUGAAAUCAUCCCUAACAUUAAUGAACAAGAGAAUCUAAAAAUUGUCGAUACCAACGAAACAAAUCAUGAAAAUAAAAUACCAGAUAGAUUAAAAUCACCUCCUCCGAGUAUUGAAAAAGCCAAAGAUGGAGGUGAUGAAGAUGAAGAUGAUUACAAAUUACCAACUUCUGUAACACCUACAGAAGUUGACAAAAAUAGAGUAUCUAGGUAUAACAGUAGUAGCAAUACAAAUAAUUCUAGAUAUAAUUCCGCGGUUGAUGAAUCAAAUAACAACCAGAAAACUAGAUUACCUAUGGGAACUUCAGAAGUGAAUAAAGGAAAUUCAUCGCAUAUUCAAAGAAACAUUAUUAGUCCCCAACCGAUGCCAUUUAGAACGAAUGAAAUUGCUAAUUCCUCUCAUUAUAAUACCAAUAGUGUACCUUCACCAAAUAUGUCACACCAGCAAAAUAUGCCGUAUAAUAAUCCCGGUAAUAAUAUGAAUACGCCACAUUAUAUGGCUUCUAAUUUUAAUCAUGAUAAUAACGUACCUCAAGGCUAUCAUAACCAGGAUAGGUAUGGAUAUCAAAAUUCUCCAAAUGAUCAGCAUUAUCAAAAACCUUAUAAUGAGGCACAAGGUUAUUAUUAUGAUAAUAAUGGGUAUAACCAAAGAGCGCCAUAUCCUGCAUCAAGAAGUGGAUAUAUUGAUCCAAAAGGAGGUAAUAGAAGGGGAGGUUCGUCUACACCAUUUAUCCCACGUAAACGGUAUCGUAAGCAUUAA